ACGCCAUGGAGAAACCCUCAAAGGAUCGUCUCACUUUAUCUCCAGGUUGUAGAACGGAAGAUGAGGACAUCACAGGAGAUCACAUGGAGGAAGGCGGGAAAUGUUUUCCACCCAAGUCCUGUCCUUCUGAACAUAAGAGAUUGCACACGGGUGAGAAGAAACACGUCUGCCCCGAGUGCUGGAAGAGUUUUCCACGAAGACAUGACUUGGUUUUACAUCAAAGAACGCACACGGGGGAGAAGCCGUAUCCCUGCCCUGAGUGUGGAAAAUGCUUUGCGUUAAAAUCAAACCUUGCAAAACAUCAAAAAACUCACACAGGUGAGAAAGGAUAUCCCUGUCUUGAGUGCGGGAAAUGUUUUUCACAGAAUUCCCAUCUUAAAAUGCAUCAGAGAUCUCACACAGGGGAGAAGCCGUAUCCAUGUCCUGAGUGUGGAAAAUGUUUUGCGAUAAAAUCAAACCUUGCAAAACACCAAAGAACUCACAGAGGUGACAAGGGGUAUUUCUGCCCUGAGUGCGGGAAAUGUUUUUCACAGAAGGUCCAUCUUAUUACACAUGGGAGGUUUCACACGGGUGAAAUGCCACAUUCCUGUUCUGAAUGUGGAAAAUGUUUCACAGAAAAAUCAGACCUUGUAAAACAUCAACAAUCUCACAUGAGUGAGAAGGCGUAUUCCUGCCCCGAGUGCGGGAAAUGUUUUUCAUUGAAAAAACAUCUUGUUAAACAUCAAAGAUCUCACACAGGGGAGAAGCCGCAUUCCUGCCCUGAGUGCGGAAUAUGUUUUUCUCUCAAGACCUAUCUUAACAUCCAUCUGAGGUCUCACACGGGUGACAAACCACAUUAAUGUUCCGAGUGUGGAAAAUCUUUUAGAGAAAAAAAAAGACCCUGCAGAACAUCAAAGAACUCGCACUGGUGAAAAGGACUGUUUCUGCCCUGAGUGCGGGAAAUGUUUUACAUCUUAAUACGCAUCAGAGAACUCAACCGGGUGAGAAGCCGUAUUCCUGUCCUGAGUGUGGAAUUUUUUAUUUUUUUACAUAAAUCGGCUCUUGUUGUACAUGAAAGGUCUCACAGGGGAGAAGCCAUAGUGCCCAAGUGCGGGAAAGGUUUUUCACUCAAG